GACUCCCGUCGCUGGCCAGAAACAGAAGCUCAGCCUUUUCUUUCUUUUCUUCUUUUUCUAAAGGGCAAGACACGCACUGGAGACGCAAUUAGGGGCGAGGGAUCAUUACGCCUACUUUUUUUAAGAACAAAGGGAAGCAUAACGAGGUAACUAUGAAGGGCUUAUAUUGGCAGCAGAUAUCAUCUGGGGAAGAAACUAAUUUUGUCAUCUUGGAGAAGGAUAACCUUCCUGUUUUGAAUGACAACUGUGUAAAAGUGCAAGUUAAAGCCUGUGCUCUCAACCGGAUUAAUAUGAAGCUUUUAUCAGAAAUCAAGAUGGAGAAGGAAUUUCUACCUAUUGGGAGGGAAAUUGCUGGUGUUGUGUUGGAAAUUGGGGGGAAAGUGUCCUCUUUUCAGCCACAAGAUGAGGUAGUGGGAAUUUUGCCACUGGAUUCAGACGAGUCUGGUUUGUGUGAAGUUAUUGUCAUUCAUGAGCAUUAUUUAGUUCAUAAACCUGAAAAAGUCUCCUGGCUUGAAGCAGUGGGGACCAUUUGUGAUGGUGUUCGUGCAUACACAGCUCUACAUUACCUUUCCUUCGUGUCACCUGAAAAAACUCUGCUUGUAAUGGAUGGAGCAAGUUCAUUUGGUACAAUAGCUAUUCAGUUAGCACAACAUAGAGGAGCCAAGGUAAUUUCUACUGUGUAUAGUCUUGAAGACAAACAGUAUCUUGAGAGGCUUACACCUUCUUUGGCUCGUAUUAUCGAUGAGUCAAAUGGAAAAUAUGACCUGACAGAAAGCUGUUUGGAAGAAACUGGCGGGUUGGGAGUGGAUAUUAUCCUCGAUGCAGGAGUGAGAUUAUACAGUAAGGAAAGUGAAACAACUUCACAACACUUGCUACCACACAAACAUGACAUCAUUACUCUGCUCAGCGUUGGAGGCCAUUGGGUUACCACAGAGGAAAAUCUUCAAUUGGAUCCUCCAGAUAGUCGUUGCCUUUUCCUCAAAGGUGCUACCAUCUCUUUUCUGAAUGAAGAAGUGUGGAAUCUAUCAAAUAUGAAACAAGGAAAGUAUCUUUGCAUGCUAGAAGAUAUAAUGGAGAAGUUAUCAAAUGGUGUUUUUAGGCCUCAUUUGGAUGAGCCAAUCCCAUUGUAUGAAGCUAAAGUUUCUAUGGAAAUGGUUCAGAAGAAUCAAACAAGAAAAAGACAAGUUGUCCAGCUCUGAAGCACAGAUUCCUAGCUUCAUGAGGCCACAUGAAGUGGAACAUUACACACUUUUGUAUAGUGUAUAUGUAUAAAAUAGUGUUCAGUGAGUAAGUAAAUGACAUCUGAUGAUGUAAUCACUAUUUUAAGAUUCUUUGUAAGUCCUGGGGAUACAUUUGAGAUUUCUAAUCAGAGCUUUCAUUUUGCCUGUAGCCAUCUCUAAAGUAAUAAAUAUAAAUCGAG